UAGAAGAGACAGUGGGGAAGAAGACCAAAACAAAAGAGAGAGUGACAAGGUACUUUUCUGGUUCCCUGGGAAAUGUUCACACACAUCCGGUCCCUUAGGGCCCUGCCCCUUCCCAUGUUCAUGGUGAUACAUACAGCCCCUCAACAAAGCCCUUUGGCUGACCUGCCUGCCUGGGAUUUUGAUUUUUACUUGUGUGUCCUUUGCGGGUGUUAGAGGUGGGGACAGACCCUCGGCCAGGUCAGGGGUUUGGAGCUAGACAGGGAAAGGUCACUGUGGGUGUGGAGAGCUCCCUGCCAGGUCCUGGAGUCUCAGUCCCCAUUCCCCAAGGCCCCUCCCUGCCUGAUGCAUCACCAAGUUCAGCCUCUCCUCUAGUCGGUUUCCAUGUGUCUUGCCAACCCUGUUUUCACUGUCUUCUCUUCAGUGGCCUAUGGGCAGAGCAAGGACAACAGCAGGAUGGAGGGAAGAGACCCCAAGAAAUGGCCCCAACCUUCCUAAAGAACUUUCAGGAGAGCCUCCCAGAGAUGUCUGACCUCCUCUUUGCCUUAGGGUUCCCUCAGUGGCAUCCCUGGUGUUCCUCCAGUGCCAGGGUGGAGUUGGGAUACACACAGGGCAGGUGCCUGGAGCCGGUUGGUCAGGAUUUCUGGGAAGAAUUCCAAGUUGGAGAAUCCUGGACUCCAGCUGACCAGCCACCCCUCUCUGAGAGAAAAGGGGUAGUCUGCAGCCUGGGGAGAGGGCCUCACUUCCCACCUGAGCCUCAGAGCGAGGGCCCAAACCUUCCUCAAGCUCCCAGGCUGGGGGCAGAAAACAAGAAAUUGCUCCUACUCUGACCCUCACUCCCCACCCCACCCCCCCCCGCCCCUGCCAAUCCCAAGCUUGUAGGGACACAGGAAGCUGGGGGCAGUUCAUUCAUGCCAAGGGUUGUGAAGCAGCUGGAGGAAGAAGGAAGGACAGAUGGGUGGGGGGGAUCAGAGGAUCUGGUAGAGCCGGCAGGUCAGGGGCUGGCUGGUGGAGCCAGUCUGAGGGCCUGGCUGCUGAUGUCACCAGUCUGCAGCUUCGGAUCCCAGGACCUCCCUGGGCAGGACCAGGCCCAUGGGCCAGUUUCACAGGGCUGAGCCUGGCCCAGGCUGUACCAGACCCUGGCGGAGGCAGAGGGACCCAGGGUCUUAUGGGAGCAGAGGCAGGCAAUGUGAGCUUGGGAACAGGGGGCCCGCUGCCUAGGGGCUUGGGUGAAGGGACACUCUGCCCCACAGCUGUGGGGUCUUCUCACCCAGGAGAGGGGGCCCCUUGUGCACUGGUCUGGCAGGAACCAGCCUGGAGUGGGUCUGUCUGUGGGGGCAGUCUCACAAGGCCUUCCACUUUCACCACAGCUUUGAAUCCUGACAGACCCCGGCCCCGCCCCGCUUUGGCUCAUUUCCACAGUUCCUCGAAAGGGGAAAGGGGAUGCGGCCAGGUCUCCUUUCCCGCCCCUACCUCUGGAGACAGCCCCCAGAGGCCACGCCUCUUCCCCACAGUGAGGGGAUGAGGCAAUCAGGCUUCCCCUUCCCUGCAGCUUGGCUCCACCCUCCCCCCUCAUAAACCACUUACCUGCCCAUCCCACACCUUCCACUCGUGCCUCCUCGACCGUCCUGGGUCCCAGCGGUCCCAACCUGUCCCAGCCCGGCUGCCGGACUCAGCCCUGCUGUCGCCACCACCGCCGCCAGGUGAGGCUCUGGCAGGCCCCGGCAAGGCAUGAUGGACGGUCCUCGUUCAGAUGUGGGCCGCUGGGGCGGGAACCCUUGGCAGCCCCCCACCACACCUUCUCCAGAGCCGGAGCCGGAGCCGGACAGACGAUCUCGUCGAGGAGGCCGUUCCUUCUGGGCUCGCUGCUGCGGCUGCUGCUCAUGCCGAAAUGAAACAGAUGCUGACUGGGGACCUGAGCCCCAUGGAGACCGAGGGUCUGGCAGGGGUCGAGGGUCCAGCUCUGGGGGUCGAAGACCAGACUCCCGGGGCUCAGAUUCCCGCCGGCCUGGCUCCCGGGCCAGUGGUGUGAACGCAGCUGGAGACGGCACCAUCAGAGAGGGCAUGCUGGUGGUGACCGGUGUGGAUCUGCUGAGUUCACGCUCGGACCAGAAUCGCCGAGAGCACCACACAGAUGAGUUUGAGUACGACGAGCUGAUUUUACGCCGUGGGCAGCCUUUCGACAUGGUCCUCCACCUCUCUCGGCCCUAUGAGUCCUCUGAUCAUGUUGCCCUGGAGCUGCUUAUCGGAAACAGCCCCGAGGUGGGGAAGGGCACGCACGUGAUCAUCCCAGUGGGGAAGGGGGGCAGCGGAGGCUGGAAAGCCCAGGUGACCAAGGCCAGUGGGCAGAAUCUGGACCUACGUGUCCACACCUCCCCCAACGCCAUCAUCGGCAAGUUUCAAUUCACGGUCCGCACACGUUCAGAGGCUGGCGAGUUCCUGUUGCCUUUUGACCCCCACAACGAGAUCUACAUCCUCUUCAAUCCAUGGUGUCCAGAGGACAUCGUGUACGUGGAGCAUGAGGAUUGGCGACAGGAGUACGUGCUUAAUGAAUCCGGGAGAAUUUACUAUGGGACUGAAGCGCAGAUUGGCGAGCGGACCUGGAACUAUGGGCAGUUUGACCAUGGAGUGCUGGAUGCCUGCCUGUACAUCCUAGACAGGCGGGGCAUGCCAUAUGGAGGCCGCGGGGACCCGGUCAGUGUCUCCCGGGUCAUCUCUGCCAUGGUGAACUCCUUGGAUGACAAUGGGGUCCUGAUUGGAAACUGGUCUGGUGAUUACUCCCGAGGCACCAACCCAUCAGCUUGGGUGGGCAGCGUGGAGAUCCUACUCAGCUACCUACGCACCGGCUAUUCCGUCCCCUAUGGCCAGUGCUGGGUCUUCGCCGGUGUGACCACAACAGUGCUGCGUUGCUUGGGCCUGGCUACCCGCACUGUCACCAAUUUCAACUCGGCACAUGACACAGACACAUCCCUCACCAUGGACAUCUACUUUGACGAGAAUAUGAAGCCUCUCGAGCACCUGAACCAUGAUUCUGUUUGGAACUUCCACGUGUGGAACGACUGCUGGAUGAAGAGGCCAGAUCUGCCCUCUGGCUUUGGUGGGUGGCAGGUGGUGGAUGCCACACCCCAGGAAACCAGCAGCGGCAUCUUCUGCUGCGGCCCAUGCUCUGUGGAGUCCAUCAAGAAUGGCCUGGUAUACAUGAAAUACGACACGCCCUUCAUUUUUGCCGAGGUCAACAGUGACAAAGUUUACUGGCAGCGACAGGAUGAUGGCAGUUUUAAGAUCGUGUAUGUGGAAGAGAAGGCCAUUGGUACGCUCAUCAUAACAAAGGCCAUUGGAUCCAACAUGCGAGAUGAUGUCACCCACAUUUAUAAACACCCAGAAGGCUCGGAAGCAGAGCGGAAGGCAGUGGAGACAGCAGCCGCCCAUGGCAGCAAACCCAACGUGUACUCCACGCGUGACUCAGCAGAGGAUGUGGCGAUGCAGGUGGAGGCACAGGACGCGGUGAUGGGGCAGGACCUGACCGUCUGCGUGGUGCUGACCAAUCGCAGCAGCAGCCGCCGCACCGUGAAGCUGCACCUCUACCUCUCGGUCACCUUCUACACCGGUGUCACCGGGUCUGUCUUCAAGGAGAGCAAGAAAGAAGUGGUGCUGGCGCCAGGGGCCUCGGACCGUGUGUCCAUGCCCGUGGCCUACAAGGAAUACCGGCCCCACCUCGUAGAUCAGGGGUCCAUGCUGCUCAACGUCUCGGGCCACGUCAAGGAAAACGGGCAGGUGCUGGCCAAGCAGCACACCUUCCGUCUGCGCACCCCUGACCUUUCCCUCACCUUGUUGGGGGCAGCCGUGGUUGGUCAGGAGUGCGAAGUACAGAUUGUCUUCAAGAACCCGCUGCCUAUAACCCUCACCAAUGUCGUCUUCCGGCUUGAGGGCUCCGGGCUACAGAGACCCAAGAUCCUCAAUGUGGGGGACAUUGGGGGCAACGAGACAGUGACGCUGCACCAGAAGUUUGUGCCUGUGCGACCAGGCCCCCGCCAGCUCAUCGCCAGCUUGGACAGCCCCCAGCUCUCCCAGGUGCAUGGUGUCAUCCAGGUGGACGUGGCUCCGGCCCCUGGGAGCGGAGGCUUCUUCUCAGAUGCUGGAGGCGACAGUCACUCAGGGGAGACCAUCCCUAUGGCAUCUCGAGGUGGAGCUUAACCCCUGGCCAGGAGCAAUGGGACUGGAGUCAGAGGAGCAAGGACAUUGCCUCGCAGGGACCCAGCGCAGAGCUGCUCUCCGUAGGUUCAGGUUGGGAGGCCGGGGCACCUGGGAAGGGGGCCGCUCUUCACUUGCACUGGGCAGCACAGAUGCUAAUAAACUGUUUUUUAAUGAA